UCACGCAUGCGCAUUGAAAACAUUGACCCGGAGGAGAAGGUGAGCGGACAUCUUGGAUCUGAAGGGGGCCUGCUGUCACCACGUGAGGCAUAGGAGCCCGAGUGAGGGAGAUACUAGUCCGCGUCCUGGACUCACGGAACAGCCCGAAAGGAGACACAGAAUUGGGGUUUUACUAUCUUGAUUGAUGUGUUGAUUCACAGAGUGCAGUGCGUUGGCAAGCUAAACCUGAACAAUGCCCUCGAUCACCCUACCGCCUAAAGAGAACGCUCUCUUUAAGAGAAUAUUGAGAUGCUACGAACACAAGCAAUACAGGAACGGCCUCAAAUUUUGCAAACAGAUCCUGUCCAAUCCGAAGUUUGCAGAGCAUGGAGAGACCCUAGCGAUGAAGGGGCUGACCCUGAAUUGUUUGGGAAAGAAGGAGGAUGCAUAUGAACUCGUCAGACGAGGCCUCCGCAAUGACUUAAAGAGCCAUGUCUGCUGGCAUGUGUACGGCCUGCUCCAGCGAUCGGAUAAGAAGUAUGACGAAGCCAUCAAGUGCUACAGGAACGCCCUCAAGUGGGACAAAGACAACCUGCAGAUCCUCCGAGACCUGUCACUGUUGCAGAUCCAAAUGAGAGACCUGGAGGGCUACAGGGAGACGCGGUACCAGCUGCUCCAGCUGCGGCCGGCCCAGAGGGCCUCGUGGAUCGGCUACGCCAUCGCCUACCACCUGCUGGAGGACUACGAGAUGGCCUCAAGGAUCGUGGAGGAGUUCCGCAAGACACAGCAAACUUCUCCUGAUAAGGUGGAUUAUGAGUAUAGUGAGCUGCUGCUCUAUCAGAACCAGGUCCUGAGGGAAGCAGGCCUCUUCAAAGAGGCUCUGGACCACCUCAGUACCUACGAAAAACAGAUCUGUGACAAACUGGCAGUGGAGGAGACCAGAGGGGAGUUGCUGCUGAAGUUGGACCGGACAGAGGAGGCAUCAGAGGUUUACUGCCAGCUACAAGAGAGAAACCCUGAGAACUGGAGCUACUACCAGGGCCUUGAGAAAGCACUGAAUCCUGCGAAUGCAGAAGACAAGUUGAAGAUCUAUGAGGACGCGUGGGUGAAAUACCCUAAAGGCCUUGUUCCCAGGAGACUGCCACUUAGCUUCCUGACAGGUGAGAAGUUCUGUGAGUGCCUGGACAAAUAUCUCCGCAUGAACUUCAGCAAGGGCUGCCCUCCAGUCUUCACCACACUCAAAUCCCUCUAUCAUGACAAGGAAAAGGUGUCAGUCAUUGAAGAGCUGGUAGUAGGAUAUGAAACUUCUUUAAAGAGCAGCAGAAUGUUCAGCCAGAAUGAUAACGGUAGAGAGGAGCCCCCCACCACCCUGCUGUGGGUCCAGUUCUUCCUGGCACAGCACUUUGACUACGUGGGCCAGACCAGCAAGGCCCUGGAGUACAUCAACGCCGCCAUCGACAGCACGCCCACGCUCAUCGAGCUCUUCGUCAUCAAGGCCAAAAUAUACAAGCAUGCUGGUAACAUCCGUGAGGCGGCCCACUGGAUGGACGAGGCCCAGGCUCUGGACACAGCUGACCGCUUCAUCAACUCCAAAUGUGCCAAGUAUAUGCUGAAGGCAGGCAUGGUCAAAGAGGCCGAGGAGAUGUGCUCCAAGUUCACGCGGGAAGGCACAUCAGCGGUGGAGAACCUAAAUGAGAUGCAGUGCAUGUGGUUCCAGACGGAGUGUGCCCUGGCCUACCAGAGCAUGAACAAAUACGGUGAUGCACUGAAGAAAUGCCACGAGAUUGAGAGACACUUCGUGGAGAUCACGGACGACCAGUUUGACUUCCACACGUACUGCAUGCGGAAGAUGACCCUGCGCUCGUACGUGCAGCUGCUCAAGCUGGAGGACGUGCUGCGCAUGCACCCCUUCUACUUCAAGGCUGCCCGCACCGCCAUCAACAUCUACCUCAGUCUCCACGACAACCCCCUCACCGACGACAACAAGGAGUCACAGGCAGAGACAGGGAACCUGACGGACAAGGAGCUAAAGAAGAUGAAGAACAAGCAGAGGCGGGCGCAGAAGAAGGCCCAGCUGGAGGAGGAGAAGAAGAUCGCCGAGAAGGAGAAACAGCUGAAGAACCAGAAGAGGAGGAAAGAGGAGGAUGAUGAGGAGAUCGGCGGGCCCAAAGAGGAGCUCAUACCCGAUAAACUGGUCAAGGUGGAAACUCCUUUGGAGGAAGCGGUGAAGUUCCUCACCCCCCUGAGGAACCUGGUGAAGGAGGAGAUUGAGACACACCUGCUGGCCUUUGAGAUCUACUUCAGGAAAGAAAAGUACCUGCUGAUGUUGCAGUCUGUGAAGAGGGCUUUCUCCAUUGACCCUGAUGACCCCUGGCUUCACCAGUGCCUGGUUCGGUUCUUCAAAGGAGUGUCCAGCAGCAAGGACCUGCCCGAGGCAGUCAAGACGGUUCUGAAUAAGGAGACAGGCCGGCUGUUCGGAGAGCACGACCCCCAGAGCUAUAACAAGAACUGUUUGAGCAAACACAACUACUCGAUACCACACCGGGUGGCAGCUGCUAAGAUGAUGGUGUACCUGGACUCGUCGUCAGAGAAGAUGGCUGCUGAGUUAGCCACCUGUCUGGAUGAGUCUCUCAGUGGCAGGAGCGUUCAGAUCUGUACUGAGGUGCUUCAGGCCUUGCGGGACGGCGGUCUGGGUUCAGACCAGCAGAAGACAGUGGAGUCGUACCGGGCGAUGUGCCACCAGUUCUACCCCUGCGCCCUGGCCUUCAUGCCCCCCGGUCACCAUGACAACACCACCCUCACUGCCAAUGGCGACCUGUCAUCAGGAGACCAUGACGACAUGUCCAGCGACAUUUAAGAAUGGGCAGUGAAGCAGUGGUGAGAGAAGGGGGCUCGUGGAGGGCGGCCAUGUUUCUUUUCCUUCGAGCGACGACAACCCUGAGUGACCACGGUGCACUUUGACCCCACAAAGCUGAGCCCCAGAGAGCCCUUUCUCCAUGGCAACAGAGAAAAGAAAGGAAAAAAAGGAAAUCACACAUUUUACCCAAUGUUUUUUUUUUUUUUCAUCUUGCUGAUGACUACUCUUAAACUGAAAAUAAACAGUGUAUGUAGAGAGAGAGAAAGCUGCCAGAAGGGGGUGAAGAGGGUGGUGAUGAACUUGGCGUUACACCACCUCAUCCUGACCUGUGCAUCUGCUUCUCGUGUUUUAAAAAAAAUUAUUUAUAUAUAAAAAUAUAAUAAAUAAAAAUGUUUAAAAUGGGAAAAUACUGUUGUAACAUCACAAGGUUAUGGUCUACACUUUUAUUUUGCUUGGAUAGUGUGUGCCAAACCUGACACCGACUAGAUGGAUCUGUUGAGACGAGAUCAUGUUUCCUGGGGGAAGCAUUACAAAGAUGCACUCAUGGUCCUUGAGCACAAAGACGUUUUGGAGAAUAGCCACUAGGGGGCGAAAUGAUACAGGUCCUUAUGGCUUCACGAACAGCAUAGGCCAACAACACGACUGAUAAUCAAAGGAGAUAUCAAAAGAUGUUACCUGAAACGCAGCAUGAGUGAAAAUAUUUUUUUGUGUGUUCUCCUUUUAAGUCUUUCACGGUUUAUUUUGGGUUUUUUUGUUAUGUGAAUGUACAACAAGGAAUGAGGAAAGGUCUCUGAGGAACCGGUAUUGCCAUAGCAACCCGUUCUUUAAAUAUGUUUGGGAUUUUCUUUCUUUUCCUGUUUCUUUUCUCAUAUUUUGGAGAGAUUUUCAUCCCAUGUGAGCUUUAUUACACUGUUUCUGAUCUCUUUUCCUUUUUUACAGUUUUGAAGCAGGUGACUAUUAGCAACACCUCAGUCAGAACCAAAGGCAACAGGCCCCACCUGCCCAACACUCUCAAACACAGAGAUAUGAAUGAAUAAAAAUGGAGUGGAAUUCAAGUUCAAAAA